CGCGCUUCUUCGUUGGAUCUUUUCAGUUUACUGUCUGCUCCUCUUCUGCUUCAACAUGACUGAUGUUUGGCAGGAAUGCAUGGAGUUUAGUGUAGAGAUCACCAAACGGGCAGGGAAGAUGAUCCGCGAGGCGCUCCAGAAGGACAUAGCCAUCAUGCAGAAGAGCUCUCCGGUUGACCUGGUGACCGAGACGGACCAGAAAGUGGAGCAGCUCAUUAUUUCUUCCAUAAAGGAAAAGUACCCCACACACAGCUUCAUAGGUGAGGAGUCAGUAGCAGCAGGCGCCCCCAGCGUUCUAACCGACGAUCCGACUUGGAUCAUUGACCCCAUCGAUGGCACCACCAACUUUGUUCACAGGUUCCCUUUUGUGUCCGUAUCAAUCGGCUUCACUGUGAAGAAGGAGAUAGAGUUCGGGAUUGUCUACAGCUGCAUUGAGGACAAAAUGUACACGGCACGGAGAGGAAAGGGAGCAUUCUGUAACGGAGUUCCAAUCAAAGUUUCCGGGCAAGAAGACAUUAACCAGUCUCUGGUGCUGACAGAACUGAAUUUCAAGAGGGAGACGGAGCAUUUCAACACAAUGUUGGCCAACGUCAGGACCAUCCUUACCAUACCUGUUCAUGGAAUCCGCUCCCCAGGCAGUGCAGCUGUCAACUUGUGUCUGGUGGCAUCCGGCUCGGCGGAUGCAUAUUACCACAUGGGCAUCCAUUGCUGGGACAUGGCCGGCGGGGCGGUGAUAGUUACCGAAGCCGGGGGAGUCAUCAUGGACAUAUCAGGCGGGCCGUUUGACUUGAUGUCUCGCAGGCUGAUCGUCGCCAGCAGCAGGGCCAUCGCUGAACGCAUCUCCAAGGAGAUAUCAGAGUUUCCUGUGGGCCGGGACGACACGGAAGGCUAGAGGAACCUCCGCAACUUCCUUCAACCGAAUCAAAACACACCAACACACACUCAGCUGUUUUUUUUUUUGUGCCGACAAGUCCCAAGUCCGUUUUUGCCUUAAGGAUCACAUUGAUGCACUUACCUCUGAGGAACAGGUUUCUUAAAGCUCAGAGUUUUAGUAUAUAUUUUGAUUCAGUUGUGUAACUGUUCACAGUUUCUCUUCUGUGGUAACUUACUGUAUUUUGUCAACAUUUUACCCAUAAAAUAGGUAAAUGUUCACGUUUUGACCAACAGAGUUGUUUUUUUCACUGWUAUAUGAUUUGUUUGAAGCUAUUUUUAGAUCACAUCUUAAGUUACAGAGCUUGCAGUUUAUUCAAACUCUUGUAGAUAAGUAAAUGAUUGCAUCCAACUGCUGUACUUCAUGACAAAGUAUUUAUAAAGUCCAAAAUAUAUAAUUGUGUGGAGAAUGCUUGUGCUUCUUUUUUAAAUAAAGCAAAUAAAAAUCACUAUAAAUACAA